AUGAACGGCCGUGAUUUUACACUCCAUGAACACAUGCCAAAACUGCCCCCAAGAACUCAUGUUGAGCAAUACUUUGACGCUUACCGCAACUCACCCGUUUCUAGCAUCUUCCCCAUUGCCGAUCCUGUCUUGUUUCCGAUUGUGGUCGGCAAAGCUUAUGGGGAAAACGGCAAAGACCGCGUUGAGGUCGCCACAGCGAAGGCAUGCGUAUUUUCCUUCUUAGCAUUUGUGUCGGCUAUUUCCAAUCCCGACGAUGGCGCAUUUCCUGUUAUCGACAUUGAAGAGUGCUUGAUGGGAGCCGAAAUACUUUUUCCGGAUAUUCUAAAUGCGAGAGCACGGACUGAGGUAGUGGACGCUAUGAUCAUGCUGGCCGUCUACCAGUUCACGCAUGGUCAUGUUCAGACAGCAGACAUUGUACUGACACUUGCAUCGAGAUUCCUCUACAUGCUGGGGGCGCACCUCUAUCCCGGCGAGGAAGUCGAUGGCCUUCCGACGAAAUCACCAAAUCUUGAAAUCAGAACAAAACUCCACCAACGUGAGAUGUUCUGGCUCUGUUACACCCUCGAUAGAGAGAUCACAUUCAGAACUGGUCGACCUCCGAUCAUAAGCGACACGUCCUGCGAUCUCGUGUUCCCCAAGUACUACUCGAGACAGAAUGCAGACGGCUUCAGAGGCCUUACCAGGUUGCCGGGCGAUCUCGGCUUAAGCCUCAUCAAGUCAAAGGCCUACGAAAAGCUCUAUUCGCCACAUGCCUUGCGAAAACCCGACGCCGAAAUUCUCAAGGACAUCCGUGAGCUCGACGACCUGCUUGAAAACUGGAGGCAAUCAUUGGCUUCGGAAACUCGACCACCGCUCUCGUUUGCCCAGGAGGCCAAACAAUUGCCGACCAAGGGCCUGACCAUUCCCUCGUUCAUGUUGCGACUAGAAUACCACCACUGCAUCACCACAAUCCACCAAGCCAGCAGCCGCUGCCGUAAUUGGUCUCACGACCGGUUGAUAAACGAAGGGCUGAGUUCGAGUCUAGACCUCGCUUUAGAAGCAAGCCGCUCCUUGCUUUCCUAUUUGCAUUUUGCAGAACACCUCCUGGUGCCCAAUCUUUUCUGGAUCGUCAUAUUCUAUCCCAUUUCGGCGGUGUUGACGCUAUUCUGCAACAUCCUGCUCAAUCCCGCCUCCCGGUCUGCUUCCACCGACGCCCAGAGCUUGCGGGAAGUCCUCGAGUUUGUCGAGACGUUUUUACAUCGCGCCCAGGUUUUUGAUCGCCAUCUCCAGCACAUGAAGAGGUUGAACGAAUUUAUUGCCGAGCUUGUGGAAAUGGCCGGAAGCGCCAUCGAACAGGCGCGACGGUCGCCAGAAUGCAACACGCCAUAA